ACAAAUGCGCAUUUUAUCAUCAGAAAAAUAUCGUUGUGAUCAUAUGUGCUGAUUGUUAUGUAAAAUGAAGUCGGUGCCACAUUGCCUUGCCCAUAACGAAAGACACGCACACGCGCAUCACGUCUUGUGCUAAGAAGGUCAAAUUUGCUUGCGCCGGUUGCGCAAUCGGCGCACGCAAAGUCAAUCUAUCCCCAAUCUGCUCACGACCCCCCCCCCCCCCUGCACCCCCCACUCCCCCGCCCACAGUCCCUUUAUGGUGUGACAGAGGAGGGGAAAAAAAGUUGUCACGGUUCGAAAUCAUUGUCGGCCUCCCCAGCCAAUCAUCGAUUUGGACGCCAAAAAAGUGAAUAUAAAAACGCGCGCGCUAAUCAAGUGAUGCCAAUCAGUGUUUGGACUUUAAUCCUAAAGAAAGCGCGUUUUUUCUCCCCCCCUCCCAUCUGCGCGCGCACACAAUGCGUUUCUCUCACGCCGGCUUGACUUUGCUGAUGCUUUCGGCCGCAGUGUGCCUGUGCGAGCAGCAGGCGCAGACGCAGCAGUCGGAGGAGCCGUCCGAGUCGUGCUCCGGCUGCGACUUGCGCCAGCAAAUCAAAAGCAUGCGCCUGAACGCCAUCAAGUCCCAAAUCCUGAGCAAGCUGCGCAUGAAGGAGGCGCCCAACAUCAGCCGCGACGUGGUCAAGCAGCUCCUGCCCAGGGCGCCGCCGCUGCAGCAGCUGCUGGACCAGUACGACGUCCUGGGGGACGACAACCGCGACCGCGCGGUCGUGGACGAGGACGACGAGCACGCCGUCACCGAGACCAUCAUGUUGAUGGCCACGGAGCCCGAGCCGGAGGUGCAAGCCGACGGCUCGCCCAAAUGCUGCCUGUUCACGCUGAGCCCCAAGUUCCAGGCGAGCCGCGUGUUGCGGGCGCAGCUGUGGGUGUACCUGCGGCCGGCCGAGGAGCCCACCGCCGUCUUCCUGCAGAUCUCGCGGCUGACGCCGGCGUCGGACGGCGGGCGGCGCGUGCGCGUGCGCUCGCUCAAGCUGGACGUGAAGGCCGGGGCGGGCUCCUGGCAGAGCAUCGACGUCAAGCAAGUGCUGAGCGUGUGGUUGCGACAACCCGACACCAACUGGGGCAUCCACAUCAACGCCUACGACAACGCCGGCAACGACUUGGCCGUCACCUCCGCCGAGCCGGGCGAGCAAGGCCUGCAACCCUUCAUGGAGGUGAAGCUGAGCGAGGGUCCGCGGCGCCCGCGCAGGGACUCGGGCCUGGACUGCGACGAGAACUCGCCAGAGUCGCGCUGCUGCCGCUACCCGCUGACCGUGGACUUCGAGGACUUUGGCUGGGACUGGAUUAUCGCGCCCAAACGCUACAAGGCCAACUACUGCUCGGGCGAGUGCGAGUACAUGCACCUGCAGAAGUACCCGCACACCCACCUGGUGAACAAAGCCAACCCGCGGGGGAACGCCGGCCCGUGCUGCACCCCCACCAAGAUGUCGCCCAUCAACAUGCUCUACUUCAACCGCAAAGAGCAGAUCAUCUACGGCAAGAUCCCGUCCAUGGUGGUGGAUCGCUGCGGCUGCUCUUGAGCCCCCCGGCCCGCCCCCAGCCCAUCACGAGAGAGUAGGGAGCUGUUGAGGGGGGCCUUUUCCACCCCCCCCAAACACCAAUUCUGGUCUUUUUCCUGGUGCGGUCGAGGCCCCGAUAAGCCCAAGGCGCUCACGCAGCUUACUGUCGCUUCCUUUCGCUCCUCCGCGAGGGCGACGCUAGCCAUAGACAACAAGGCUUUCGCAAUCAUCACUUGGGCCCCCACGGCGCAUUUUCGCUGACCGUAUCUCAAAACAAAAAAACAAAACCCGGUCGUCUCC